AUGGACUCCAUAGCGAACUUCGUCGUCACACAUAAACCACAGCUUGAUUUCGCGUGGCAUUUAUUCAUCUACCUCCCUCUCAUCCUCCGGCCCUCAUUCUUCAAAUACUUCACCUCCAGCAAACCCGCCAAAUACGCCCAACUGCCUCACAUCCCGCUCGUCGUGCACAUGAUCCUCGGCCUCGCCAUCGUGGGCCGCUAUCAAGUACGAGCCCUCGUCAGCUCCCCCUCAGCACCUAAGCCGGAAUCCCUCGACAUCGCUCUCGGUGUCAUGAACGCCGUUAUCUCGUGGCGUCUGUGCAAGUACGAAAGUAAAGGCAACCCCCGCAUUGUCCGCACCGGGUUCCAGGUCAUGGCCCUGAUGGUGCUGUUCCCUGCGUAUAUGUGCUACAUGACCGCGAGCCCGGUGUGGUACCAUUCUAUGGUUAAGAUGCAUAAUGCGUUUAUCUAUGUGCGGUGGUUGAUCAUGGGAGGGUCUAUGGCGGGGAUCUGGAGCGGCUUUCAUGAGCUUUAUACUAUUUCUGUGUUCUUUGGGGGGAUUUUGGGCGUUUGGGAGGGCAGGUAUCCGUGGGAUGGUGUUUUGGGUGUUCCUCUUGCUUUGGUACUGCAUGUGGCGCUUGUUGUUGUUGAGAGGUAUAAUUCUUCGUUGAUUACGCCGGAGACUUACAAAAGUCCAAGUUCGAAUCCCUUCCUCGGAUUGAUGCUUCUGCUUGGACUGGUUGAUGUUCAAACAUACAAGGACUUGAAAUGCCCAGCAGUGCCGGCAUCCCCAACUGAUGAGAAAGAAGAACUGGUUGCAGAAACCAAAGAAUAG